CUUUAAUGAUAACAGUUGUACACGUGACCCUGCUUUAAACCUUCUGGGCGACUGCCCUGAUUGAUAACUGAAACAUCUUUGGUUUAAGCUGUGUCACCCCUAUCACAAUAAUGGCUCCAAAUUUUAAAGUCCAUGCAGCUCCUCCAACUCAAGAUGAUGUCCUAACUAGUAAAAUAGGAGCCGUUUUAUUAGGGCCACCAGGUUCGGGUAAAGGAACAGUGGCCCAGAAAUUAAAGGAAAAUUUCUGUUACUGUCAUCUUUCCACCGGGGAUAUGCUUCGGGCUGAAGUUUCUUCUGGUUCUGAGCUAGGAAAUACAAUUAAACAUUGUAUUGAGCAAGGUAAGCUUGUAACAGAUGAAGUUGUAGUUAAGCUUAUCGACUCUCAACUUGACAAGCCUGAGUGUUCUAAUGGAUUUCUCCUUGACGGCUUUCCAAGGACAGUUGUUCAAGCUGAAAAACUCGAUGAACUUAUGGAGAGACGGAAGACGAGUCUGAAUGCUGUGAUAGAAUUUAGUAUAGAUGAUUGUCUCCUUGUUAGACGAAUUAUAGGUCGUUUGAUUCAUCCACCAUCUGGUCGUUCUUACCAUGAAGAAUUUAUGCCUCCAAAGGAACCAAUGAAAGAUGAUGUUACUGGGGAACCUUUAGUUAAAAGAACAGAUGAUAAUGCAGAAACUCUAAAACAACGUUUAUCAUGCUAUCAUGAAUUAACACAGCCUCUUGUAGAUUAUUAUAAAAAAAGAGGUAUUCAUCAUAAAAUUGAUGCUUCACUACCAGCGCCUCGAGUUUAUUCUCUAGUUGAAAGUAUAUUUUAUAAAUGUAUGAUUUCUGAAAGGAGACAGGGAGCUAGAGCCAAUGCCUAAUUCUGAGGCACUUAUUCAGAAUUGGCCUGAUUUGGUUAUUGUUGAUUAAAUCGAUUUAGAAUUUAAAAUGGACAAUGAAUCUGACAUAGAAAACCAACAUUGUUCACUCUCCAUAAUACCGGUGGUUUGAAAAACAUAAGUGCAUUUUUGAGUUAACAUAGGGGUGGUAUCAGCUUAAAAUAAAAUUGAGUUGGAAGGUAUUGAUUUUGUUUAAACACUUAAUGUACUUUAUUAUUUUUAAAUUAUUUCCAUGACAAGACCCAAGAAACUCAUUCAUAUUUGGUUCUUUACUCAUUUACAUUAAAGAUAAAUAAUUGUAGAAUUAUGAUUUAAAAUUUUAUUGAAUCGGUCUAAUUGCUGUAAUAUAAUAUUGCAUUUAACACAAUUCAUUAAUGUUUUGUGGAUCAUGCAUUUAGUGAGAUAGAGAAUAUAAUUGAUAUAACGUACAAAUCAAGUUAAGAAUCAUUAAUUUGAUGCAGCAUUUAAAAAUAAAUGACAUUCCUCUCUGGUAGUGAUUUAUUUUCUAUUUUAAUUUAUGUUCCUUUAUUGUACUAUAUUCUUAAAUUGGCUAUUUUGAAUUUAAUUUAUAAGAGGAAUAUUUGAUUAUAUAAUAAAUUAAAUUUGAUGAUUUCCUAAUAAUUUGUCCUGAUCUGCUUUUAAAAUUAAAAAAAAAAUUGUUAUUUUAAUGUCCAUUUAGUUUUACUCUAGUGAAAUUUUAUUCUAAAUUAUCAAAUUUUAUUGAAGGUUUUGCCACUGGUUUAACACAUAUCAUUUAUGUAUGUUUGCAUUUAUAGAUGGAAUUUAAUUAUACAAUUUAUAAGUAAACAUUUUUGUUUUUAAUUCUAAGUUCAAUACAAUAAUUAGUGUGUUGAAUGGACUAAGGGAGUAAAAGUGUCAUUAUUUUAUGCAUUCAUUAACUGUAAAAAUGUCUAUUUAUAUGUACACUUCCACUUUCUUCAGAUGGAUCGAAUAGUCUUGAGGUACUGUUUAAACCCCCAAACUAAAGAUUAUUUUAAAUGAUUAUCAAGGAUAAAUAAGUCUCUCCUGGUGUCGGUAUACUCAAUUUUUUGCUUCCUUUAUAACGCAACAUUUCAAUGAGUUUGACUUAUAUUCUACAUAUCCAAUAUACAUAUAUAUUUUUUUUUUAAUUUAAGAAGUAAAUGCCAUUGCUCCAAUAAUGAAAAGAUUUUUAAAAAAAGAAAAUAAAGUUAUCGAUGAACAUUACCAAUUGUCAAGAAUUAAGCUAACUAAAAAGUCCUAUCACUACAAAAAAAAAGGUUGUAUUAUAUAAAGUUGAAGAUUCAUCAAAUAAAAAUUUAAAAAAUGUGUUAAUAUUAAAAAUGACUUCUUUUUGUUGUAAUUUAAAAUCCAUUUUUGUGUAUUAACAAUUUAACAUCUAUUUUUUUUUUUUUUUUCAAAAUUGUUGGAUUGAUUAAAUGCAACCUACUGUAGGUAAUUUCACAAAUCUGUACCUCAGAGGUAAAAACGGUCAGUUGUCUACGAUAAUUACAAAGGUAAUAAAAUGCAAUUUCAAUUUCUUUAUCUUUAUGGAGACCAAAGGUCAAAUCGACAAUGAUAACCUCAAUGACAAUGAUAAAUGUGCUCAGUUUGAGAUUUUACUGUAAAACACGUUUAAUGAUGUCCACAAGCUGAAAAAUGACUGAUUUGUAUCAUUUCUUAGGAAAUGUUAAUGUAAGUUUAUGUCCUCAGUAAUGGGUGUUUAAAGAUGAGUAUUUUUAUUUUUUGCUUGGCACAAUUUCCUGUCAUGCCAAAGAAACUGCUUCUUCAUAUUCAGAAACACAAUCAUCCCAAGAGAUGGAUAAUUAUGGGUAUCUCUCAAGACAUUCCAACAUAUAGUUUUGCUUAUGUAGAAAAUAAUGAAAUUGAAGUAGUGGAUAUCAUCAAUUUUCCAUGCCUUCUUUGAUAACAUUCUCAUGCAAAGAAGAAAAUGUUAUUCCUGAAUUUAUGUGAAAAAAUGCUUGUUCAAUCAAGUACACCAACAAAACUUUUCAUUUAAUUUAUUUUUUUUAAUGAGUUUAUUUUCACUGAGCCUUUAAUGUUUUUUUAUUUGUAAAUAAAAACAAAUUACCUAUCAAAGAUUUUCAAUAUCUUAAGGUUAUUUUUUAAAACAUUUUUUAUUUACUUAGGCUUAUAUAUGUAUCAUUC